CUGUUUAUUUUCCUUCCACGUGGACGUGCUGCGCGCUACCACAGGAUUCCUCGCGGAAGUGACGGCAAGGCGGCGAUGGCGGCUCGCAGUCUCAUUCCGGAUUUCCACUGGAAUACAAGCCUAUUUUAACCGGACCGGUUUGACUUUGUGGAACUUUUCUAAAGCCGUCUCUUUUCGGCCGCCGCACACCGUGAAGUCGCGUUGAACCGGAGCUUGACAACGAGCCACCCCACUGCUUUUUUGGGGUAUUUUUGUCCUAGGUUCAAGGUGGUCACCCUGUCGAGCUAGCGGUAGCUCGGUGGAUGCUAGCUAACGUUAGUGGGUACACAGCUAGCUCCACAGCUAGCUUGUCAACGAGUUGCGUGCUCAGGUCCACACCGAAGCAGCAGUCUUCGUGCGGCAGCUCUUCUUUAGACCACGUCCACGUUUGUAUUUCACAGUAACGAUGCGAAUGCACCCCAUUUAAUGCUAAUUGUGCCACAAGUGUGCAGAGCGAGGUACUCACACGUUUGCUUGGCCUCAUGUUAAUUUGAAUUGCUAGUUUGGCGGCUGUGGCUAAAAGACGGGUUUUGACUAUCACUAGCAAGCAAGUUCCCUUAGUAGUUCUCCCGACAACUUCGGGAAAAGCGUGCUAUCGAUUGAGAAUAUAAGAUACUGUGGGGUCUUUGCGUGCUCGUCAACAUGCUGAAGACCCGGCAGUGUUUACUUGGCAUCCGCACUUUUCUCGGCGUAACGUCGAGAAUAUGGGGCUUCAUCAUGUACAUCCUCAGGAAGCACCUACGAACGAUAAUCCAGUAUCAGACGGUGCGAUACGACACUUUGCCUCUGUCCCCUAUCUCCAGAAACAGACUCAAUGCAGUAAAGAGGAAGAUUCUGGUUCUGGACCUGGACGAGACGCUGAUCCACUCUCACCAUGACGGGGUCCUCAGGCCUACAGUGAGACCUGGCACGCCGCCAGACUUCAUCCUCAAAGUCGUCAUUGACAAGCACCCAGUCAGAUUCUUUGUACAUAAAAGGCCACAUGUUGACUUCUUUUUAGAAGUGGUGAGCCAGUGGUAUGAGCUGGUGGUUUUCACGGCCAGUAUGGAGAUAUAUGGCUCAGCAGUGGCAGACAAGCUGGACAACAACAGGAACAUCCUGAAACGCAGAUACUACAGACAGCAUUGUACAUUGGAUCUAGGUAGUUAUAUUAAAGACCUGUCUGUAGUACACGAUGACCUGUCCAGUAUUGUCAUCCUGGACAACUCGCCUGGCGCUUAUCGUAGCCAUCCAGACAAUGCAAUACCCAUCAAGUCCUGGUUCAGCGACCCUAGUGACACAGCACUUCUUAACUUGCUGCCUAUGCUGGAUGCACUAAGGUUCACCGCUGAUGUGCGCUCCGUCCUCAGCCGAAACCUCCAUCAGCACCGACUCUGGUGAUUGGCUGAAUCCAGAGGGCGCGGGGCUUGUUGACUGGCCUCUUCCUCUCUGCCGGCCUCCGUCCUGCCCUCCGCUCCCACACAGACGGCCCAGCAGCCCCCUGUGAGCCCCUCGGGCGUGUCCUGAGGAGACGAGGGCUGGGGUGACCGCCUAACAUGGGACGAACAGUACGGGAUCACCAUAGCCCACAAAACUACUGAGGAGGGUGGGGAGGGGCCAGCUUGUAUUUUUUUUUUUUCCUUCUUCUUGAUUCUUUAUUUGUAUUUUUUUUCAAAAGAAAAACGGAGCCUCUCUGCCUUAUUGCUCCUGAUACUGACUGUGCGUAUGGAGGUGAGCUUG